AGUCUCGCAGCAUCCAAAGUUCCGUGGAGUCGCUUUGAAUUUCCAGCUGCGUCCUCAGCAAACGUGGAACACCUCUUACUCUCUCUGUGUGUGGUGAAUCCUGUUCAGUGAACCAUUCCGUGGAAAUCUUAUCCUCCUCCUUUUUUCCGAGCCUUCUCGUCCUGUGCUCAUCCCUCAAACAUACUUUACAUCCUGCACGUAGGGAGAAUAUUGUUGUUUUGUUGUAAGCUGUGUGUGAGUGAUGAAAUGUAGAGAGGAUGUAGAUACGGAGGACAUAUGCAGAGGAGAUUAUCCUGAAGGCAUUAGGCGAGGAUAAAUGGGAAUUUUCCAUCAUUUAUGGAGCUUCUCACGAAAUUCACUUCUGUCACACAAACUCCGUACUGAGGAAUCUCAUAAAUUUGUCAAGGCAACUGCGGAAGGCGCACCAACAGGACAUUCUUCGGGGGAUUUUUUUUAUUCACCCCAACAGUGCGUAAUUAACCUUCUUGGACGACACAUUGAGUUGGAAAAUUGAGAAGGCAUUAAAGCAAGAAUCUCAAGAGGUGCACUGUUCAGCUUUAUAUGACACAGCGGCAAUAAAACAACAUAAUGCGACGUUCAGCAAUAUUAGCAAUUUGGAUGCUUGUCAGCGGUAUCCUCUGUGCACUCCUACAGCCCGUGAGUGCGAGAGUCGCUGGGAAAAUUGGAUACAACAAUAAUUACUACAGUGGACGCUCGUACAGUGGGAUCAAUGAAGAAAUUAUCUACGUGUCCAUUGGAAUGGGAGUCACAAUUGCUGUACUCAUCAGCUUAGCCCUGUGCUACAUAAUGCGGGAAAAAUGCCAGAAAAGACGGGAGUACUACAUAACAGCAUAAAUUUCUAUUAUGGCAAGGAAUUUGCGCGCUGUCUUCAUGCCAUUUUCAUCAGUCGCCCCACCACCCAUCGAGAGUGAUGCUGUAAAGUAUCUCUCUCUCAUUGGAAAAUCCACAUUUUCACCAUUGACAUCAAACCCAACACCAAACAACGUUCAAAAUGAUUAACGAGAGAGAAUCCCCAAAAAGAAGAAGAUGCUGCAUCGAAAUUUUCACAUAGAUUUUGGACCAAAGACAUGAUUGAUGAGAUUUUAUAAUAAUUAAACUACAAGUAAUUUAAUUUUUCCCAUUAAAUUGUAUAGAAUUAAAGCCACAUUUUCUUUACAAUGAUGUGCAUUAAAUGCUCAAAGCAUACCAAAAAAAAUCUCUAAGAGAAUAUUUAAUAAAAAAAAUUAUUUAUCUUAUUUUUUUUAUGAGAAAAAUAAUCUUUUUGUGUAAAUGAGAAAUAAUUUCAUUCAAUUUCAUGUAACAUAAAAUAUGAAAGAAAAUCUACUUAUUAUGUUAAGGAUGAUAGUAUAUUAUACCAAUAUAUGUCCAAUAUAAACAUACGUAGAUGUCCUACUGUUUAACGUAGACCAUGGAGCUUCUGAGAACAUAAAAUGGGAUUUUAUGUUCAAAGAGUAAAUAAAUGUGGGAGGAAAAGAAAAGCUUUUCCACGCAGAGGAAUUAUUUUUUUGAGUAGGAAAGUGCAUGCAAAAAGAAAUAAAAUGUGUUAGAAGUAUGUUGUUCUUGCAGAUGAAUCGGAAGGCGGAAAAUGUACCAUUAGGGAAUGCAAUGUAAUUGUAUAAAAAAGAAUUUUAUUGAAAAUACAAAACAUUGAAAUUCAGAAUCAUA